GCAUGUGUGCAUUCAUUAAUUGUAUGCUCCUCUGUAAUUCAGACAACUUAAUACAAGAAAACAACACGAUGAAAAGGUAGCAAGAACAGAAAUAUAUUUCAAGUGGAAAAGUUUUGCUUCGGCAUGUCUACCUGGAGAGUCAGAGUUCUGAUGGCACUGUGCUUCCUGCGGCAGACUAGAGGUCAUAAUCAACUUCCCUCUCCUCAAAAUGUUACCCUACUGUCAAAGGAUUUUGACAUGAUUUUGACAUGGACUCCAGGAGAAGGCUCUCCACCAGAUGUGACAUACACUGUGAGGUAUAAAAGCCAGGAACGCAUGGACAAAUGGAUAAAGGUUCCUCAUUGCAAAAAUAUUCACAGAACCUCCUGCAAUCUAACUUGUGUGCUUCCAAACUUCUUUGUUAAAGUCCAGGCUCGAGUAAAAGCUGUUUCUGGAGCAUUCCAGUCGCCAUGGGUAGAAUCACAAUUCAAGGAAUACCAUUUGGAUGUGCAACUGGCUCCCCCAGUGCUAAACGUGAACGUCAGGGAGAACUUAAUUCACGUGAAUGCCUCCUUCCCUUUGGCCACCUGUGUGGAGAGUUUAUCUUGGAUGUAUGACUUGAACCUUUGGGAAGCUGGAUCUGAAGACAAGAAGCAAUACGAACAGAACUUUAGGAAGAAUACAGUGACUAUCGACACCACUGCACUUAGAGGCAACUACUGUUUAAGUGCCAGAUCUUCCUUCCAAAGCAUUGACUUCAAGUACAGCAAAUUCUCCCAACCACUGUGUGUGCUAUUAAACCACAAAGCAGUGGAAUGGAAAUUCACAUUUUAUGCCGCAAUCCCUGUGUUCGUCCUCUUUCUGACAAGUGCCUUCUUCAUCUUCUUGUUGAAACUAAAUGCGAAGCUAAAGAAGAUGCCUCAUGCUUUGGAUUUAUCUCAUGUAAAAGCCACUGGACCAGCCUUUCACUGUGAGCCCAGUGAAAAGGAAUUCUUCAGGGACUAUCUCAUCUGCACAGAGAAGCCAAUGUCACAAAGGAAGACAAACAAAACUUUAACAAGAAACAACCUACCAUGGAUGGCUUCUUUCCUAUCAUCAUCAUCAUCGGAGGAGGAGGAGGAGGAGGAAGAAGAAGACAGCAGUACUUUCAUCCCAUACACUGAAAUGCCUCAGUUUCCAAAGAGACAUCUCAACUGUCAACCAUCCAGAACAGCUGAGGGGGAAACUAGCUUGGACUCUGGAACUGGAGGUCUCUCUGUGGAUAGUGAAUCUGUGCUUGACCUAAGUACCUUGGGUUUCUCGUUCCUUCCAAUGACAAAAAAUGAGGUGGACACCUCAGGAUCCCAAGGAAAUGAGAAGGCAUCCCUUUCUCACAGCUCCUCUUUGGGAAGAAUAUCCCUCACUGAUGUGAGAUUCUCAGAUUCUAGGGAACAUGAUACAGACAGGGAUGAAUGCCUGGAAAUGACCCCGCUUCAAACACCGAUGGAGAGGAUUUGUGACAAACUCGCAGACAAUGAACACUAUCUGCAUAAGAAGGCUCAUCUUUUAACCAAAUAUUACCAGAAAGCAAUAGCUGAUCUACAUGUCCGGACUGGUGAGAUCUCACAGCUCAGUAAGGAUCCCAAUACUGGACUGCUCAUUUCCUUUCAGACAUUACAGGUGGCAGAAGAUGAAGGUAUUGCAAGUGACUCUGACAGCGAUAAUUUUACAGAAGGGACACCUCUUGCAUCCGCAGUGCCAAGUGAUGCAUUUGAGACUUCAAAUAUGGAGGCAAAAUAUGAUCAAAAGUUUAAAUUCAAAGGCUACGAGCACACACAUUACAUGGGAAGGAGCUAGAGUACCCUACCAGUUCUGCGGUGUGCCUGGAAAAUAGAGACCUGAACAUAUCCGGGCAAGGAUACCUAAACAAGAACAAGGGCAAAUAACUGGUAGUGGUGCUUUUGUAUUUAUUCACCUAGAGUUUUUUCUAUUGAUGUCUGGCCUGUCAAGGGACACAAAAGAUGUAUUUUUACUGCUAGGUAACUAAUGUAUGUUGACCAUUCCUCUGUACAAGUACAGCUGUGACAGGGUGUUAAGGCUGUGGUAUGAGCCAGCCAGGGGUCAGGCAUGUAGCGAUACCUCCUGGAGUGCCUUGUAGUGCCUUGUGCUCACUUGAGACUUCAGAGCAAAGUAACUUUUACAUGUGAGUUACAAAAGGCAAGACCACCUCUAAGACUGCAAAAACACAACCUGAACCUGGGUGAAACCAUCAGCUGGGUUCUGAAAACGCGGAGUGUUGUGCCUGCAUGUUGAAUUUGAGCUGGGAUGAACCACUAACAUUACAUUUGCUUCUCUAUAACUGCAAAAUUGCACCCCCGCUUGACUGGAAGUACCUUACAGAGACAUUUAACAACCUUUGCUUUUUGUGGGAUGAAAAGAACUCUACCUCAGCCUACAGAGAUCACCUUCCGUGUUUCAACACAGUGAACUAAAGUCAAAGGGAUAAAUGUGAAGCAUGUUUAUUUAUUAUUUUUUUAUAUACAAAUAUACUUAUUGAAGCCGAAAUUCCCCCUGCUGUGCAGAAUG